AUGGCUGUCAAUGAAUCGAUGAUUUUAUUUGAGGAGGAUACGUUGGAAAGAUUGGACAAGGCUCCAGACACGACUGAUGAAAUAUUGGAUGAUAAUACUGAUGAAUUGUCCACCGACAAUUCUUACAACAAUUCUCUGACAAAAUACAUCUUUGAAAGAAGUGAUGUUAAAGCGAUUUUCAUUUUUCUCUAUACUGUUGUAUUCUUUUGCUGUAUUUCUGGUAAUAUGACAGUAAUUUUCGCGGUGACAUUUUCUCGACGCUUACGAUCCAUUACAAACUUCUUCUUGGCAAAUUUAGCAAUAGCAGACUUAUGCGUCGGCAUAUUUUGCAUCUAUCAAACUCUGUUGAAUUAUUUGAUGCAUAGUUGGAAAUUAGGUAAUUUGCUCUGCAAGGUUUAUAUGUUCAUUCAUUCAUUAUCCUAUACAGCGAGCAUCUUGAUAUUGAUGUUAGUAUGCAUAGAAAGAUAUUUGGUAACGGUAUAUCCAGUGAAAUGUAAAGCGAUGUUGACCAAAAGGCGUCUAACAGCAGUCGUUAUUAUUGUAUGGGUAAUAUCAGCAUUAUAUGCCGUACCAAAAUUUAUUUAUUUCGAAACAUAUGUCAACAAACUGAACGAUGGUACCGUUGGUAUCAUUUGUGGAUCUAACAUGAAGGAUUACCAAAAACACAUCAUGGACACUAUCAACUGUUUCUGCCUUUAUCUCCUUCCACUGACAUUGAUGUCCUAUUUUUACGCAAAAACCGUUAUGCACCUUUGGGAAAGCGGUAAUAAUAUUGAUAGACCUGGCCAAAAUGGUCAGCAUAUUUCUGCCUCUUGCAGAAAUGCUAUGAAAGCAAGACUUAAGGUUAUAAGGAUGCUGAUUUUCAUAGUAGUAUUUUUUGCACUUUGUAAUCUGCCGCAACAAAUUCGCAUAAUUUGGCUAAACUGGGAUUCAAAUAACGAUCAAAACUCUAAUUUUUCUGCUAUACUGACCGUUUCGACUUUCUUGAUAUCUUAUAUAAAUUGCUGCUUGAAUUCAUUAUUCUACGCCUUGUUUUCGCGUAAUUUCCGUGAAGGAAUGAGAGAAAUUCCUUGCUGCAGAUGUACAGAAAAUCGUAGAGCAGGUAGAUUGGCUAUAGCUGAUCGCCCCAGGGGUGAAAAUAGAAAUGAAAAUGAGUCUAACGAGAAUCGUGUUGUAUAA